AUGGAAAUAAUCUAUCAUUUACAAAGCUAUAUAACAUUUAAAAUAAAGGAUUUUUUCCAAACUAAUAUAAAUAUAUCCUAGUUUCAAUUACAUACUCUAGAAAAUAAAAUAAGAAGAAACCGUAUAUAUUAAUUACAUUAAAUAUCACGUAAUAUAGAAAUUUAAAUUCUAGAACAUUCCGGUAAUGAUUUAAAAAAUCUAUCAGUAUAAGAUGUUACCAUAGGUGAAUAUUUAAAUGAACAUUAAUGGGUUCAUACUGUAAAAUAUUCCAAAGAUGGGAAAAAUAAACCUAAAAUAUUACUAAUUCACGGUUUUGCAGGUAGUGUAUUAAGUUAUCAUAAGAUGUUUUCUUUAUUAUCAGAAAAAUAUGAAGUAUAUGCUAUUGAUUUACCUGGAAUGGGUUUAUCAUCGAAACCUUUAUGGCAAUUCAAAGCAUAUGAAGAAACUAUUAAUUAUUUCACAAAAGCUUUAGAAUAAUGGAGAUAGGAAGUUAAAAUCGAAAAGCUAAUACUAGUAGGACAUAGUUUAGGAGGAUAUAUAGGAUCUCAUUAUGCAAUUUAAUAUCCGGAUAAAGUUGAAAAAAUCGUUUUAUUAUCACCUGUUGGUGUAACUUUAUGGGGUCUUUAUUUAUGUACCCUUAAAGUUUUUCUAACUCCUCUUUUUGCAGAUGUAUUUUUAGUUCUAAAUCUUGUAGAUAAAGUACCUUUUUUAUAUUUGGUUUUGAACAUUUUAGGAUAAUGAUCAAAUGCGAAAUUAAAAAUUGGGUUAAACGAUAAUUUUUAUGUAUUAAAAAUUAAAUUAUUUUUUAUUUUUUGAGCUAUUUCUAAUUGAUUUUUUAUUAAUUACUUAAAUGGAAUAAUUU